CUAAAGGCCUGUUCGAUCGUGUGGCGGGUAGUCCGCUAAGGACGCAGCUAUAAGUGAGAGCGAGAAAGAGAGUAUGCUUGACCGGACCAAGGUCUCACUCCGGUACGCCCGUCUGUUGUAGCAUUUACAACACGGUUUAUUAAAAACCAUAUUAAGACUUGUAUCUAAUUACGAGCUUGGUGCGGUCAAAUAUUCCUUUCACUCCGCUUUGGCAAUAAAUCCUUGUGCUCGUUUUAAUUCGCCCUUUUUUGGAAAUUCGUCGUCCCGUUAUGAUCUGGCAAUAUUGCAUGUAUGUCAUUGUCAAAUGAAUUGUUUUCGUUGUCAUCUUGUUCUGUGUUUUGUUUUUUGUUUUCUUGAUUUGACAACAGCGUCUUUCGUUCCCAGUUCUUUGUCAAAAAAUGUUUUUACCAGAAAUUGUUCAUUUACCAUGAUCACUUCACUUGGUAUUAUUAAUUAAGGAAUAUAACUAAUAUUUUCUAAAACCGCGCCAGUCAUGGAGUUUUUCCUGCGCUCAGAAAGUGAAGACGAGGCUAAACCUUUUAUGACCACUGUGCCGAUAAAAGGAGAACCAAAGUGUGAGACCGAGGAUCCUACCGGACCAAGGGCUUUCCGUCCAGACCUGUGCGAUGUCCAUGUCAAGGUUGAACCUUUAGAGAAUUUAGACAUAGAAGUGGCAUGUCUAACAGAGGGGACUGUUAAGAAAGAAUCAAUAAUAGUUGAUGCAGAAUUUGAAGCUACUGGAGAUAGUCAUAUUGUUACUAGUCAUGGCAGCCAGAUAGAAGUAUGCAUCACCAAGGAAUCAUGCUCAAGUCCAACUCUGGAUGAAUUUGUUAUUAACAAAAACUUUCUUAAAUGCAGAAUCUGCCAGAAAAUAUUAGACAAUAAUUCAAAUCUUACUAUGCACAUGCUUACUCAUGAUAUAGACAAAUCUAGCAUAAAGAAAAAAAGGAAUAAAAAUAAAGAAGUGACUGCUUGUAAAAUUUGCUGCAUGCAGUUUACAAAUUCCCGUACUUAUUCUAAACACAUGCAAACACAUGUAUUUGAAAAGCCAUUUAAAUGUGAGUUCUGUGAGAAGGCGUUUAAUUCAAAAUAUUUACUUACAAAUCAUGAGCGAACUCAUACUGGGGAAAAACCUUUUUCUUGUGAUCUUUGUGACAAGAAGUUUACAGAAAAAGUAAAUUUAAACAGACAUAAGAGAAGUCACUCAGGAGUCAAGCCUUACAGCUGUGAUGUGUGCUCAAAUAGUUUCACUUGUAAACAGAAUUUAGAAGCACAUAUGAUAUGCUCACAUACAGAUGAACAACGGUGGGAAUUUGAAUGCCAAUUUUGUAAUAAACGGUGCCCUAAUAAGAAUGAAUUGAGAAGACACCUAAGAACCCACACUGGUGAAAGACCUUAUUCAUGUGACAUUUGUAAAAAAAGUUUUAACCGGAAGUAUUACUUAGUACCCCAUAUACGAGUCCACAAUAAUGAGAGACCUUUCGGAUGCGAAAUUUGUAACAAAAGGUUUGUGAGUAAACAUGAUUGCAAUAAGCAUUUAAAAAUCCACAUGACUAAACGAAAAUAAUUGACUUUAUGUUUUAUAUAAUCAAGGGUAAUUUUUUUUGUAAAUUCAAAUAAGAUAGAUAGGCAGACAAUAGGUGGUCUUAUUGCAGAAAACUGAUAUCUUCCUAAUAGCCUUUGGGAUACAUUUUUGAAAUUAUUUACAUUAUAGGUAAUGAAAUAUUUCACUUAACACAUCCACUGCCAGACAAAAAAACGGCGCACUACAGAAACCGGUGGUCUAUAGCUGCGUACAAAACAAACAGCCCAGCGAGUUGUCCGAACAAAGAUCUGAACAAAGUUCACGAGCGCCCACCAGGUGGGUUCCCGGCAGUGAAUGUGUUAAAUAUUGACCUUAUGUUUUAAGCAAAAGGAUUGAAAUUGUAAUAACAAGCUGCCAGUUUUGUUAACUUCAGCUAUAUUGCUAGAAUUAGACCAAGCUAAAUUGGCAGCAAUUUUGAUAGCCCAGACAGUGCAAUUGUUAAAUAAACGUCAUAAUUUCAUAGAAGUUUGAGAUUCAAAAUUACACUUGCACCAUCUAGGCUAUCAAAAUCGCUGCCAACUUAGCUUGGUCUGACUAAAGGUAAUAUUUGGUAAUAUGUUGUGUUAUACAUAUACAAGGUGCCCGUGAGCAUUGCGAGACAUUUUAACUAAGCAUUCCUGGUAAUAUUUAGAAACUAAAAUGUCAUAUAAAAUUUUCUGGAUUAGGCCUAGUUUCAGAGAUAAUUAAAAUUUAAUUUAAUGUUUUUUGAAAUCAUUCUAUCGCCAUAAGUCGGUACAAAACACAUUUUUGACUGCGGUAUUGCCACUUUGUGGUCUAGUCUGGACAUACCUAUUGAUUGACAUCGAAAAAUGAAAAAAAGUGGCUGUGACAUAAUCGGACAGACAGACAGAAUCUAUAAGGGUUGCGUUUUUUGCCAUUUGGCUACGGAACCCUAAAAAUGUAUUCGAGAGGCUACCCCCAAAUAAAUAAAUAAACUUUUUAGUUAAUUUUAGGUUAUGUGUUUAUCAAUAAAAAAUACGUUUUAUGUACAGGAGUGUUCAAAAAAAGGAAAAAAAAAAAUUUUUUUGUCGAAUUUCAUACAUUUUUUUGCCAUCAGGAAUGCACCGGCAAAAUCUCUCGCAAUGCUCACGGGCACCUUGUAUAUCAAACUCAGUACUCAGACUCGUCGUCUAUCUCUAACAAAUAUGUUAGAAAGAGAGGCGAAUAGCAAUUACAGUUCACAGGCCUUUAUUUAUAAAACGCAACCCAGUAAGUUUAAUAAAUUAAUAAAUGUUUUAAAUGAA